CUUCAUUGAUCUCAAGGGAGGAAACUGCAAAAUUUAGGGUUUGUUUGGCCCUAUUCGCACACACCCACGCCGUCGGAUCCUCCUGCCCUCCCCACGUCCACCUCUCUCCGCCGAAGAAUCGGCGGCGGCGGCGGCGGCGGCGAGCGCCUUCCCUUGUCAAAAUCCACCCGGCGGCAGAGCAGAGCCUCGUUGCUGAGGAGGGGAGAUGGCAGGCAUGACCGAUAUGCCGAUGAGGCCGGCGCGGCCGGGCCCGCCGAUGCAGCACCGGGGCCCUCCGCCGAUGGCGCGCCUCCGCCCCGAACCAAUCGACCGCGAGAAGACCUGCCCUCUGCUGCUCAGGGUUUUCACAAGGGUUGCUGGUCACCACCAAAAUGAAGAGUUUUCUGUGAGAGGGAAAGAACCAAAGGAUGAAGUUCAGAUUUACACAUGGAAGGAUGCCACUCUCCGUGAGCUUACUGAUCUUGUGAAAGAGGUUGCUCUUCCAGCAAGGAAAAGGAACGCGAGGCUUUCUUUUGCAUUUGUAUACCCAGACAAGAAUGGUCGUUUUGUUGUCAGACAGGUGGGUUCGACCUUCGCUUAUGGCCAUGGAAGAGGUGAUGAUGCCAAAACUCUUGCAGAGCUUGGGUUCCAGAUUGGCGAUUAUCUGAGCGUCGCGAUCAUGUAACUGCAGAUUGGCGAUUACCUGAGCGUCGCGAUCAUGUAAGCCGGUGCCCGCAAUGAGUUCCGGUGACUGCACCGGAUAGAACUGAUGUGAUGUAAAAAAUGCAUUGGUUGCGACGAGCAAGGGAGGAGUAUCUGUUAGCGCUAGGAAGUGGAACCAAAACUGUCUGUAAUGCCGGUACUACCAAAGUUGCCUAGACACUUUGAACGAUCAAAGCGUAUGGUAUGGUUUCUUGUUGGUAUGGUGCUUGUCUGCGGUGCCUGAAAUUUCCAAUCCAUUGAGCUGCACGUCAAUGGCUCCAUGUUAAGAUGGGCUGAACGGUAUUCCAAGGGGUGGGCAAGAUACCCAUUAUCUGAACCGUUAUCCAAACCUGAACUACCUGAACCUGUACCCGACCUACCCAAACCUGAAUUAACCAAACACUAGUUUGGAUCCUAGGUCUCAAAACCCAAAAUUAUAUUGGGUACCGGGUAACAUGUCUCGUGCCUGAAUUACCCGAAAUUAUAUAUUAUUUAUCCAGUUCCCAA